AUGUCUCAAGGAAGUUACACCCAAGACAGCGCCGGAUAUCAGCAAUAUGCGCUCACAGUAGCAGACUUCAGCGCCAAGGUCCCUUCUCAGCUGUCGCUUGAUGAAGCGGCGUCUCUGCCCAGCGCUACCAUAGCUGCCGCCUUCGGACUCUACGGUGAGGUGAAUGAAGCAGGCCCUGGAAGCGCCGGCCUGACCCCUCCUUGGGAGGCGGGCGGACGUGGUAAGUACUCUGGAAAACCUAUUUUCAUCUCUGGAGGGUCUUCCUCCGUGGGGCAGCUUGUCAUCCAAUUUGCGACGCUCUCAGGCUUCUCCCCCAUCAUAGUCACGGCGUCGCCGCACAACGAGUCCCUCCUCAAGUCCCUCGGCGCAACGCAUGUGAUCGACAGGAGCCUCCAAGCGGAGGCCCUCCGUUCGGCCGUGUCGGCGGUAAUGAUCGCACAGCUGGAGAUCAUUUUCGAUGCAGUGAGCGUGAACGACUCGCAGCAAACGGCGUACGACCUGCUGGCGCCGGGAGGGACUCUCGUCCUCACCCUUCCCCCGACGAUCCGCGCCGAUCGGGAGUCCCAUAAGAGGGCCUUCUACAUUAUGGGCUUCAUCCACGGGGAUAUCAAGCCGAACCCGGUGAAGGUGAUUCCGGGCGGCUUGAACGGCAUAGUGGCAAGAUGGAAGAAGGCCGAGUCAGUGGUCAGAAGUUGA